ACAGGGUUUGUCAUCGUGCUCCGUAGAGUACAAAAGCCCUCCAUCGAACCGGCAGGCUAGCAUAAGCCCCCGAAAUUAGAUAAAAAUGGGUCGUCGUCCCGCUCGCUGCUACCGCUACUGCAAAAACAAGCCAUACCCCAAGUCAAGGUAUAACCGUGGUGUCCCCGAUCCCAAGAUUCGCAUUUUCGAUCUUGGAAGGAAACGUGCCUCAGUCGACGAAUUCCCCUUCUGCUGCCAUCUGGUUUCCGACGAAUACGAGCAGCUCUCCUCUGAAGCACUUGAAGCCGCCCGUAUCUGCGCCAACAAAUAUGUUACCAAGACUUCCGGCAAGGACUCCUUCCACAUGCGCGUGAGGGUGCAUCCAUUCCACGUUAUCAGGAUCAACAAGAUGUUGAGUUGCGCUGGAGCUGAUCGACUGCAAACUGGUAUGCGUGGAGCUUGGGGCAAGCCAUACGGAACCGUUGCGCGUGUCAACAUUGGCCAGGUCAUCCUUUCCAUUCGUUGCAAGGACGCCAACGCACCUGUUAUUAUGGAAGCUCUUCGCCGCGCUCGUUACAAGUUCCCUGGAAGACAGAAGAUCAUCGUUUCGAAGAAGUGGGGUUUCACAAAUGUUGCGAAGGGUGACUAUUUGAAACUCAAGGAGGAGAAGAAGGUGUUACAGGACGGAGCAUACGUGCAGUUCAUCAGGCCAAAGGGUCCUCUGGAGCAGAACUUGCGCAACCAGCUCCGCGCUUGAGAUAUUUUCGUCCCCUCAAGUGCCUUAGUUGUGUGCUCCUGUGUAUAUGUCGGUACUUGAUUGGAAUGUUGAACUUCUUUCUCUCGG